ACUGAAAGAAGGUCGUCGGCGGAAGUUACCACAGUACAGUGGUUCACACAUAAGAUAUAAAACAUGGAAUAACGACCAGGACGAGCGCUACGCAAACGACUGUUACCAUAGGGCUUCCAAGGCGGCUAUCGUCUGCUACUGUGAUUCUGGGGAAAGGAGCAAGAAAAGGAAAUUUAAUGCACUGGAAAUUCCCCUCAUUAAUUUUAUUGGAAUAAUUUAUAUCGUAGACAGAAUGGGGUGGAUAACCGGAUUGGCUGUUUUGGGCACGUUAGUCAACGUUGUAAACGCACAACGUAUACCGAGUGGUAACAGUAUCUGUGGACCGAUACGUCCUGGUGAUGAUGACCUUAAAGCAUUUGAUUUUAUAUCUAACUUCCGGUUAGAUAAGGCACGGGCUCUAAAAAUAAAAGGAGUAACUCUCACGCGUGGAUCUAACACAUAUCAGCAAGCAUACAAACUAAAACGAAAUGCAAAAAAGAAACAGUUAUCGGUAGCAACAAGAACAAUGUUUCCACUCGGAAUGCCGGAGGAGUUUUCCUUCGGAGCCACCUAUAGGUUACAGGGACUAGCCAGACGGAUGGUGUGGAACAUGAUAGACUUCCAGAACGCACAAGGGCAGUCAGAAUUUGCCAUUAGGUUCGAUGCCCCGGCUAAAAGCAUUGAGCUUGUUUUCAAAGAUGCUCGCAGCACCCAAAGAAUAUUAUCGUUUGACAACCGACGGGUUCGAAAGGCAUUUAACAACGAGUGGCAUAAAAUCCACAUCAAGGUGACCCGAACGCUCACCACGCUGUUUUUAGAUUGUCAGGACGUCCAAACACUUUCAAUGGUGGCGAGGUCACAGGUUGAUAUUAACGGCGACAUUGUACUGGCCCAGCCGGUCAACGAGAUCAACGGAAGGACAGUUCCGUUUGAACUCCAGUGGUUGGUCAUUCAUUGUGAUCCGUCAAAGCACCAACGUGAAAAUUGUGACGAACUUCCGAGCGAGUCAAGAAACUACAUGAGCGAGCAGAGAAGAGGAGACAUGGGCUGUACAGUUCAGUGUCCAGCAGGACCACGUGGACUCAAUGGAACAAAUGGAGCGCCCGGCCGAAAUGGACGUGACGGUCUGGAUGGCAUCGACGGCUUAAUGGGGCCCAAAGGAGAUGCCGGGGAGAGGGGCCCGGCCGGUCGGGAUGGAAAACCGGGAAAGGCUGGGACUGCUGGUAAAACUGGACCUCAGGGUCCGAGAGGUACCGAAGGAUCACAGGGAGAUGAGGGUGUUCAGGGUGAACCUGGGGUACCUGGCAUGGAUGGCACUGACGGUAGACCUGGUGAUAUUGGUCCUACUGGAGAACGGGGUGAACGGGGUCGAGAUGGACAGCCAGGGACCCCUGGUAUACCAGGCAAAACCGGUAGAUCAGGAGAAAGCAUUGUCGGUCCAGUGGGUCCGGAAGGUCCCGAAGGGGCUCAAGGACACCAGGGUCAACAGGGUGUGGCCGGUCAGAGAGGCGAAAAAGGAGAUAGGGGAAUUCAGGGUGAAAGAGGACUACAGGGCGAAGACGGUGAGCAAGGACCUCGAGGUUUUAAUGGGGACGAUGGAGUUCCGGGGAAGCAGGGUAUCCAAGGACCACCAGGGCCACCAGGGCCAGCGAGUCAAGUUCUUGAAGCAGAUAUAUCUAACCACAUUCCGGUGGAGGGCCCCGCUGGACCUAUGGGACCUCAAGGAGUCCAGGGUGACGUUGGGCCAAAGGGUAACAAAGGAGGACAAGGAGACGAAGGGAAGAGAGGAUUCAAGGGUGACAAAGGCGAUGAGGGCCCUAUGGGUUUACCAGGUGUCGACGGCAUUAUGGGGGUGUCAGGAGAACCAGGGGUGAUUGGAAUGCAGGGACGACCUGGCGAAACGGGACCUAAAGGAGAUAGAGGAAAUGACGGUUCUGAUGGCGAGCAAGGACUCAUGGGUCUACCGGGUCUGCAGGGUGAACGAGGAGAAAAGGGAGGUCUCGGCGAAAGGGGACCUGCUGGCCCCCCAGGUGAAAGUUCAAUGUUCGCUCGUGGAAGAGAGGACCCGGUAUGGAAAGACAUGAAGAAACUCUUUCUAGGUCCUCCCGGCAAUCCUGGACCACGUGGCUCACCCGGAACCAAAGGAGAAGAGGGAUUGUCAGGAAAUCAGGGACCACCAGGACCACCAGGCAGUGACGGUGAACCUGGUACCCCAGGGUUACCAGGAGUUUCCGGUGAACAAGGAGAAAUGGGACCUAUGGGAGAUCGUGGCCCGAUGGGUGAUACAGGAUCGCGUGGAUUAGUGGGCCCACAAGGACAAGAAGGACCCCCUGGUAUGCAUGGACGUGAAGGUGACAGAGGUGACCAAGGGGAGCCAGGGCCGAUUGGACAACCCGGAAUACCAGGCAUGGACGGCAGACCUGGACCUGAAGGACCAAUGGGACCAAUGGGCAACCCGGGUCCCCAAGGAUUGAGGGGCGCACCAGGACUUCAGGGACAACCCGGUCCACCCGGACAGGAUGGUGUUUUCAGUGGAGAUCUGAGUGCUUAUUACGCGUCCCUUAACAACCCGGACAGCCAAGGACAGAUGGGACCACCGGUAAGUUUAUGUAAGCAUGGACCACCAGGACACACGGGACCAACAGGACCAAUUGGUUCGUCAGGAAUACCAGGAGAACGAGGUGCGCCAGGUGAGCGGGGACCAUCGGGAGCCACAGGAGCACCCGGUGUGCCCGGGUUAUCUGGACCCCCCGGCCAGGCCGGCACCCGAGGUUUCAGGGGCCAGCCUGGUAUGCCAGGUAUUCCAGGCCUUCCCGGACGAAGUGUUAGUGAUACUGAGGUUAAGGAGAUUUGCUUCCAGAUUCUUCGUGAGAAUAUGGAGGAAAUAACAGCGGACUUGAGAGGACCACCCGGUCUACCUGGUAUUGGUAAGCCAGGAAGGCAGGGUCCACCAGGCAGAUAUGGAAUUCAAGGUGAACGCGGACCACAAGGAUCCGGCGGAGAGCGCGGAAUGAUCGGACUGCCCGGACUUCCCGGACCCCAGGGUAUAGUGGGACCGUCGGGUGAGAAAGGACAGAAAGGAGAAAAGGGAAACACAGGCAAAGGACAGAGAGGUCGUCAUGGAGAACCAGGGUCCCCAGGCCCACCUGGUCCCACAGGAGAGGGAAUUCAAGGUAGACCUGGAGACCGAGGAUCUCCGGGAGUUUCUGGCAUGCACGGUCGCCGAGGUGUGGCCGGACCUCCAGGACCCCCGGGCUACUGCGAAUUCUGUAAUUUUGCCGCUGGCACGGGGUCACAGCAGGGUCCGGAGUACAUGACACUCGGCCAGGCCAAUGGUAUCAAGGGACCUUAGGAAAAUCUCAAUCAGUGACGAUAACUUUGUGAUAUCACCUGUAGCUUUCAUUACCAUCAAAAUACCUUGACCUUCCAUAUCGCUUCCAUCCUGUCAUCCCAAAUUGCAUUUAUACCUCACGCCAACGCCUUUCUCUUUAAAUAGUCCCAGAACAAAGCAUAAUAUUUAUCUUUUAUUAUUUCAUUAUAGCUAAUAGAUUUUAUUGGUUUGUUUUGCUAAAUAAUAUAUGUAUCUUUAUUUAGCAUUUCCCAUUUUCCGUUUCUUCAAACAAUAUCCCCGCUUUCUCGCAAAUCCCUCAUAUUCCAUUAAUCAUUUAUGUAUGCAACUUUGUGUAAUCAUGCUCCGCAUUUCUUCGUGUAUCUUUUUAAACAGAACAGCUUAUUUGCUGUAUUACGGAUGUUUAUAUUCAGCUUUAUCAGUUUCUUAUUUUCGCGUCUCUGCAGUUUUGUUUUUCGCCUUCAUGCAGGUUUGUUUAUUUCGCCUCCGUGUAGUUUUUGUUAAUUUUGCCUUCAUGAAGUUGCGAUUGUUUUAUUUGGCUUGUGUAGUAUUGUUUUGUUUUCCCCAGUUUUUGUAUUGCUGUUGUGCAUUUUCAUAUAUCUCAGAAUGUAAAACCCAAAGAAUUUUGUAUUCAUGAACUGUAUAUGUCUAGUAAUUGUAUUAGUGAUAAAAUACAUUGCUGCGCCUAGGCUCCGCCCAAAUAGAUGUUUAAGCUCCACCCACAUGGACACCUUAGCUCCGCCCAGAUCGUUAGUGGCACCCAUGGAAGCCUGCAAUAGUUUGUUUCAAUGUAAUAUGCUUUAAUUCAAAUACAAUAAGCUAAUACUAACAAAACUGCUCAAAGUUCAAAAACCGGAAAUAAUGUCUAAUUUUAUUCGACAUAACAAUCCUAUUCCGGAUAAAGAUAUUUUUUUCAAACAAUUCAAAAUACAUAACUAAAAGCAAACUCUUCAUUGAAAUUAAGAAUUCAAUAUAAAUGGUAUGUUACAUAAAUGAUGGUGCGAUAGGAUUUGAAAAAUGCUGUUAUUUAUUGGGUAACCCUUUUUUCUGUAGGUUAGUUGUGCUAGUAAAUUUAAACCGAAUCAAAAGGGUAAUAGAUGAAGUGCAUCGCAAUUUCCAUUGGUGUGCUCGUACGUUUUCUGUGAAAACAACUUCGUUGGCCAGUAUUGUAAUGAAAACUGAUUUAAAUUUGACAAUUUUCAACUACCAUUUAGGUGUUAACACCUUAACAUAAAUACCUCAUGAGUGUGUCGCAUGACAUGUUACGUCACAGGUUACAUGUUUAUAAACGUUCAACAUGGAUGCAAAUAAUACCUGCAAUUGCGUGCCUUUAAAUUAAUUGUUUACUCUUUCAGUUUGUAAAAGUUGAAUUUUCGUCAAGCAAAAACUAUAUAUACUUAUACACUCAGGGAAACUCGUCUGAUAUUGACAAUCACACUCACUUCCCUUUCCAUUGGGUAUGGUGCACUUCCAUUACUCUUAACACCACAACUCUUUCACAACCUCUUAAGCAUGCUAAUGAAUUUCUGCGUUCCUGUUUAAUAUUGCAUGUUCAAAUAAAAGUGCCGCACUUAUUCUAGCUUUUCUAUAUUAUUUGUAUGUUUGCGUUUCUUAUCACUAAACCAACACGGGGUGUGCAAAACACCUUUAACAUACUCUCCAACUUUAUAUACUCCGCUACUAACCCUCACUUUGGUGGUGAUGAAAUGCUCACUCCUAACGACAGGCUUUCCUGGUUGGGGUGUUGUUGAGGUUCCUAUGGGUAUUAAACCGUGCCGAUCUCUCUUUGUGUGAAGUCUGUGAAUUCUCGAGAAAGUCGAGAAAUGGCGGACUAGACGUUAUCCUUAAUGUCGGUACAGUCACAUUGUGUGCCCAAGGCACUUGCAUAGGACGGUUACAGGUCGUUUUGUGAUGAUGGAAUUGACAUUUCCUGUAAGGUUGUGACUUGUCGGAAUGUCUAACUUUUACUUCGACACUUGUGAGUUAUAAAAAGGGUGUUAUCAAAUGUUUCUGGAAAAAGUGCCUUCGGUCAGAGAGCUACAUGUUUCUGUAUAUUCUCUCCUUUCUGAUCCCAGUAUGUGUCCAUUCACCCACGUUCUAGAAGCUGAUCAUCUAUAAACACAUCCACCGCGAGACAGUGUCAGUGUCACCAUCCUCAUUAGUCUGUGUGUGCUCGUGUAUCAUGUGAUUUGUUGUUACCUAUCUGUGUGUAUGUCAUGUACAAUUGAGAAAAUUUGUUUGUAAAAUAAAUCGGUGUAUCAGAGCAGGUAUUGUAUGUCUAGGAGAUACAGUGUGGUGCCUCGAAACGCGUCCUACAAUGGGUGUAGUAUUAUAUCAUUGGUAUUUUACCUUCUGUAGCAGUUCAGUUUCGGGGACGUUCCAGCUACCAAUGUGAUGUGAAUGUAACACAAUAACCAAGGUAAAUAAUCGGAACAAUGAAGAUGGAAUAACUCCUUAAUUCUAGCAAACAGUAGGCAUUAUCGUUUCGUUUUCUUGUUUGAUUUUUAUUUUGGAAUAUAUUCUAUAGUUCUCUGGUCCCAUAUUUACAGUCGUCUUUACCUUUGAUGAGCAUUUCAGUCUUUACAUACCAUGCAUGUAAUGUUGCUGUUGUUUCCAAUUAUUGGAUCAUAGAACUGUCUACGUGUAUAUCAACAGACAAUCAAUGUCCAAGAUGACGCCUCAAAUGAAAAGCAGAUUGUAAAUCUGGGACGAAUCGUGAGAAGUUUAUACAUGCCAAUGUAUGUGACCCGAGAGAUUGUUCAGAUCAGACUUUUAAACUAAAAUGUCGACAACAACACGGUAUGAUGUAGGUCACUGUUCAACGACAACAUAAUUUAUAUGUGAAGUGUCUAUGUGUGAUUUUGACGUAAUAGUUACUUAUCGCUUAAAUGUACGUAAAUAUAAUUAAUGAUAUGAAAGUUGUAUAUAUGCUAUUUAAAAAGUAUUCAUUAAAUUUAUGUUCAUAGCAAUUAACGAUUACUAUCACUCGCAUAUUUAGUUUUUCAACGUGAUGUUUAAAUAACAAGAACCCUUUCAUGACCAGAAUCAGCUAGAAUCCAAAACAUACAUACUUGUUGAUUAAUGUUUAGCUUAGGGACACUAAUCCGUCAUCCCCCCAAAAAUAUGUAAAUACUAUUUAAAAGUGAUUUGAUUUUGUAGUAAAUAGAUUUUAGAUUAUUAGAUAUAGUAUUGUUUCAUCGUUUGUCAACUUUUAACAGUAAAUGAUAUUAAAGUGAAAGUGUUUUAACAACUUUUGCUUCAGAAAUUGUGUAUAACAAAAUAAAUGUGCUUUUUCUUA